AUGCUUAGGUUUCAGGCGCAAAGUUUGCUACGGUCCAAUUUCAAGCAGUUUUUGAGACUGCAGAGUACGGUUUCGAUCCCGCAGACUCAAAAGGGUGUAAUCUUCUAUGAGCACGGUGGGGAUCUUCACUACAAGGACAUCCCAGUCCCCAAGCCCAAACCCAACGAGAUCCUGGUGAAUGUGAAGUACUCUGGUGUGUGCCACACGGAUCUGCAUGCCUGGAAGGGUGACUGGCCGCUUUCAGUGAAGCUGCCUCUCGUUGGUGGUCACGAAGGCGCCGGUGUCGUCGUUGCCAAAGGGUCCAACGUCAACAACUUCGAAAUCGGUGACUUGGCCGGGAUCAAGUGGUUGAACGGGUCGUGUAUGUCCUGUGAGUUGUGUGAGUCAGGGCACGAGUCCAACUGUGAACACGCGGAUCUCUCUGGUUACACCCACGACGGGUCCUUCCAACAGUACGCUACUGCGGAUGCGGUGCAGGCUGCGAAGAUCCCCGAGGGGACCAACUUGGCCGAGGUGGCCCCAGUGCUGUGUGCCGGGAUCACCGUUUACAAAGCUCUGAAGGAAGCUUCUUUGAGCCCAGGCCAGUGGGUGUGUAUCUCCGGUGCCGCUGGCGGGUUAGGGUCUCUUGCCGUGCAGUACGGGAAGGCCAUGGGUCUGAGAGUGAUCGGGAUCGAUGGCGGGCCCGGUAAGGAGGAACUAUUCAAGUCUCUUGGUGGGGAAGUGUUCAUCGACUUCACAAAGCAGAAGACAGACAGCGACAUGGUUGCUGCGAUACAAAAGGCUACGAACGGUGGGCCUCACGGUGUGAUCAACGUCUCUGUCUCUGAUGCGGCGAUCUCUCUGUCCACGAAGUACGUGCGAACCUGUGGGACCGUCGUGCUCGUUGGUCUCCCAGCGCACUCCGUCGUCAAAUCCGACGUCUUCUCCCAUGUGGUCAAGUCCAUCAACAUCAAGGGCUCGUACGUCGGUAACAGGGCAGACACGAGAGAGGCUCUGGACUUCUUCUCCAGAGGACUCAUCAAGUCCCCCAUCAAGGUGGUCGGUCUCUCUGAACUCCCAGCAGUGUACAAGCUGAUGGAGGCGGGCAAGAUCCUUGGCAGAUACGUCGUCGACACGGCCAAAUAA